UGUGCGGCGCUAUAAAAGACGAGCUCAGCCUCGAGGUGAGCAACAGGUAACCCAGGUGAAGCCUCCGAGUCACAGCCACGGACAGGCACGCGCUCCGCUGCAGACAGCCAUGGCUCCAAGACCAGAAGUUGGGAGUGAUUCCUCCUCAGAUCUUGAUGACAAAGCUCCAGCUAAGGACAUCCUGCCAGCUUAUUCCACCGUGGACCUGGUGAAUGAGGAUGCAGACGCAGAUGAUCCCUGGAAUCUCCCAGAGCUUGCGGACACUGGGGUCAAGUGGUCAGAUCUGGAUACAAAAGGAAAGAUAAUGAGAGUGGUGACAGCCAUAGUGAAGCUGGUUCUGCUGCUUGGACUUCUGUACCUGUUUAUUUGCUCUCUGGAUAUUCUCAGUUCUGCUUUCCAGCUGGUCGGAGGCAAAGCUGCUGGUGACAUCUUCCAGGACAAUGCUGUGUUGUCGAACCCUGUGGCCGGGCUGGUGAUCGGGGUGUUAGUCACAGUGCUGGUGCAGAGCUCCAGCACCUCCUCCUCUAUUGUGGUCAGCAUGGUAUCCUCUGGAUUGCUGGAUGUCCAGUCUGCAGUGCCGAUCAUCAUGGGGGCCAACAUUGGAACAUCUGUCACCAACACUAUUGUGGCUAUGAUGCAGGCAGGAGAUCGAAAUGAGUUCCGCAGAGCGUUUGCUGGUGCUACGGUUCACGACUUCUUCAACUGGCUCUCAGUGCUAAUUCUUCUGCCCCUGGAAGUAGCCACAGGUGUCCUGUACAAGCUCACCCACCUCAUCAUCCAAUCCUUCAACCUUGAGAGUGGAGAGGACGCCCCAGACCUGCUCAACGUCAUCACAGACCCUCUCACAGACUCCAUCAUCCAGCUGGACAAAUCCGUGAUCACUGGCAUUGCCACUGGUGACCCAGCAGCUAGAAACAAGAGUCUGAUCAAAAAAUGGUGCAAAAGAGUGACCAACUCGUCUACCUGGAAUGACACAGUGGAGAGCUGCCCUGCUGGUGGUGUUUGCUGGGAAGAAGGAAACCAGACCUGGACUGAGUUCAACAAGACUUGGAUAGUUAGCCAACAGAAAUGCAAACACCUCUUCGUCAAUGUUAAUUUGCCAGACUUGGCAGUGGGCCUCAUUCUCCUGGCUCUGUCUUUGCUUGUCCUCUGCACCUGCCUCAUCCUCAUUGUCAAGCUGCUCAACUCCAUGCUGAAGGGGCAGGUGGCUGUGGUCAUCAAGAAGGUGCUCAACACAGACUUCCCCUUCCCCUUCGCUUGGGUUACUGGAUAUAUUGCAAUUUUAGUGGGAGCAGGGAUGACCUUCAUUGUUCAGAGCAGUUCCGUUUUCACUUCAGCUAUAACUCCUCUUGUCGGUAUCGGUGUUAUUAGCCUCGAGAGAGCCUACCCUCUGACACUGGGGUCAAAUAUUGGUACAACUACCACUGCUAUACUUGCUGCUAUGGCUAGCCCUGGAGAAACACUAGGAAAUUCGCUGCAGAUUGCACUUUGCCAUUUCUUCUUCAACAUCAUGGGUAUCUUACUGUGGUAUCCAAUCCCCUUCACGCGGGUGCCCAUCAGGUUGGCCAGAGGGCUAGGGAACCAUACAGCAAAAUACCGCUGGUUUGCCGCCCUCUACCUCUUCCUGUGCUUCUUGGUUUUACCUCUGUCUGUGUUUGGGCUGUCGCUGGCUGGCUGGCAAGUCCUGGUUGGCAUCGGUGUGCCCAUCAUUGUGUUGCUCGUCUUUGUGGUCAUCAUCAACGUGAUGCAGUCUCGAUGCCCCCGCUUCCUGCCCAAGUUCCUCCGCAACUGGGACUUUUUGCCUCGGCCCCUGCACUCCUUGGCGCCGUGGGAUGCUGUGGUGACCUCGACCAUGGGCUUCUGUGGCAGACACUGCUGCUGCUGCUGCCGCAAAUGCUGCAACUGUUGCAGAAAUGAUGAGGAUGAAAUGAUCAGAAAGAACAGUAAGAAGAGUCUGGAGAUGUACGAUAACCCAGCCAUGUCCAGAGACGAGGACACAAAGGAGGCUGUUAAAGCAACACACCUUUAAUAUUAAGUUAAAUGCAAUCUCAAUGCAAUAAUGUAUUUGUAACACACUUGUAAUUGUUCAUCACUUCUCAGGUUGUAGUAUGUUGAUGAUUCCCUUGUACUGGAUAAUAUAUUAAGCACUAUAGUAAACACUGUCAAUCACCAUCACACUGGAGAAUAUGAAGAGAAGUGUUGGACAUAUUAUUAUGAACCUGCUGUUUCUGGGCAUGUCAUGUUUAUUUUAUGCUGUUUUCAGUUUAUUGUUGAUGACUUAACUAUGGGUGGUUCUGAAUGUUAUGACUUAUUUUUAUAUUUUUAUGAUAUGCGUGAGAGGCCUUAGGUUUUAUUUUCAACUUUGAACAUUUAAAUUUAAAAUGUCUAAUGUAGCAUUUAAAAUAUUUGUUAUCCCUCAGUAUUUAAGACUAUAUAAUAUUUGUAAAUAAAACAAAUUGCUAUUUUUAAAA